UUUUUUUUUUUUGUAUUUAUGUUUGUAUAUAUCAAUCAAAAGGGAGACGGUUAGGACUACACACAAUCUAACAGCGGAGAUACAGACAUUUUUAAAUACCCCGAUCGAUCUGUUUGUGAUAGAUCAGCCAUGGCAAUGUUUAUACUUGUAGUAUCACUAAACGCAGCACUGUCACGAAUCAACAAAGCAUGACACGUGUAUACAUGUACAUGCUGGCCUUAUUUGCCUCACGAAUUAAACUCGAACACUGACUUCAUCAAGCGACAUGAAAUUCCUUCUAACAUCUUCUGGUAACCCGGAGAGAGUACUCUAAUCCGGAAGUUAGGAACACAACUAGGUCAGUAAGGAUUAUGAAUCAACGAAACCUGUCCCUAUAGUUUGAAGACGGAAAGGGGGGAAAAAAUGUUUUCUACGAAACUACCAAAGGGCCCACAAACACCGCCUUCUGCCUCUACAGGCGCCAUUGACAAAAAGCAGAAACUGAUACAAGGUUAUAUUGAAGACAACGAGAGACUACUAUCAGAAAUACGACAUUCUAGGUCCGAAGGGAAAUCUUUGGAUUCUGCGGAAAUUUCAAAAGCUAUAGAGACACUCGCUAAUGGAGUAGGCGGUUUAAUGACAACAGGAUUGAAACUUUCAGAAAAGUUUCAGCUCGGAAAGAGAUUGUGCUCUGACGUGUUGAAAGAAAGUAGUCUGUUCGACGACAUGAUUGCUCUCUGUCUGCAAAAUCGGAAAAAUCUCCCGCGCAUAUCAAAAACUGAGCUGAAUGUAUGGGAAUUGUUCAUGAAUGGAACCAUAUUUUCGUCUGAUAUGUCCAUGAAACUCUCAGCGGCCAAAGACUUGCUAACGUACGCAAAAGACGCCCUAGAUUCUAUUUAUGAUCUGUACAUUACAAAGAAGUCAGAUACAAGACAGAACAAUGCUGUGGAUUUUAUAAGUGCAACGACACACAAUAUGUGUACAUUCUGUGACGUCACAACCACUAGUGUCCGAGCGGCAGGGUUCCUUCCGGUCUACCUAAAGUACUUGGAGAUUGAAAGCGUAAAAAAUAACUUUUUGCUGAGCGUCCCAAUUUUGGCAGCUGCUAGUGACAUCAUGAACGAAAAUGACGCAUGCAUGGCGGGAAGUCGUAGUGACGUAGAAUACAUGAUGUGCGGGAUAGAGGAAGCUAUACAAUGUAAAUCCGGGCAGUUCAACGGAUGGCUAGCAUUCGAGCUGGCAAAGAUAAUAGGCAACCUUGCAAUAUUUGAUUCCAACAAGAAGAUUUUGGUGCAAUACGGUGUACUUGGGCCGCUCAACAAACUGUUAAAACAGUCAGAGGAAAUAGAGCAACUUACCGCUACGAAGACUCUUGCUCAUCUUGCAUUUGAUGACGACAACAAGAAAAUAUUUGUAUCGGACGAAAAAACAGAUGUCGUGACUACUCUCUUCGAUCUAGCCCAGCGUUCCCAAUUCUCAUCUGUCCGCGAGUCUGCUAAAGGUGUACUGUGGACAUUAUCGGAACAACUGCACUCCUCCCAAAAAUACUCAUCUUUAGUUCAAGAGUUUACUCAAAAGAAAACGAAAGGCCACGUAAUGAUUAGUUAUUCUCGAGAACAGCGCCAUCUAUUGUUGAGGAUAAAGCAAGCCAUAACGGAAGCGGGGUUUACCGUAUGGAUGGACAUUGAACAAAUGCGGGAUAAUGUCUAUGAUCGAAUGGCAGAAGCCAUUCAGAACGCCUCGGUGGUUUUGAUUUCCAUGUCCUACAGCUAUCAAAGAAGCGAAUAUUGUAGGAGAGAGGCUGCGUACGCAUCCUCGUUAAAAAGGGCAAGGAUUCCACUGCUAGUAGACCCAGGUUAUGUAUCAGAGGGCUGGCUCGCUUUGAUGACUGCCGGGGAUUAUCACUACGACUUCGUCAACAAACCUUUUGAAAUGAAAAUGGAAGAACUAACGGUAGAACUCGGACGAAGGUGUUUUAAAGGCCCGGGGGAUAGUACAGAUGGGAUUACAAAACAGGGGACUGUCAUGCAACAAUCACCAGUCGUUUCUUCCCAUGGACAACCUACAUACAGUGCACCCCCACCAUCCACACACGGACAGUCAAUAUAUAGUGUUCCUCCGCAGAAAGUAGAUCUUUCCCAAAACAAGAAAAAGGCCAAAAGAUGGAAGAAGUUCUCAAAGAUGGACAAGGAACAAUUUGGUGCUUGGUUAGAAAAACAUAACCUACCGCGGGAGAUAUUUGAGAGUUACAGAGCUAAAGACAUCGUCUUCUUGGCACAGAUGAAGGAAGAGGCUCCCGAUUCCUUCUACAAACACGUGAUGAAGCUUUCAAAAACCAAAAACAAAAUGGAGGCGCUGCAGCUGGCUGCUGAUUUUACCACGGCUUUAGAGCAUUUAAAGAUUUCAGACGAAAUGAAAUGACUAUGGAACACGAAGAAACUUGAACUCUUAUCUGUCCCGAGUGCCGUUUACCUUCAUGGUGUUUCAGUAUUUAAUACCGUAUAGCGGAUUUUUUUUCGCGGGUCUAAAAUAUGGUGAUUUGAUGGCUCAAAGGUGUGCUAAUAAUUUUUUGGCAGACAAGGAGGAGUUAUGUUUCUUGCAAAUAUUGAAGUCGCAUUUGUGUGGAUAUUUGGGCAUAAUUUGGCGAGUGAAAUUUUAGCGAAAAGCUAUCUAACCGCUAAAAUAAGCAAAGCAAAAUUUAUCACUCCGCGAAAAAAAACCGCUAUACGGUAGUAUUUACUUUAUUGUAUAGGAGUAACACACAUUUAGCUGACGAGCAAGUUUUUUUUCCAAUUAUCCUGCUGGGCUUCUCAACAGGUUACAUGUGUAUCUGAGAAAUUUGAAAGAAUUAGAUGGUCAACUCCUUAUUACAGUUAGGAAAAUUAAACUGAACACUUUUUGCCUCGAUCUAUCCAAAACAGUAGUAAUCUGGAUACAUAUAACGGCUGUGUUCCUAAAUGAAUUACAUAUCUAUGCCUAUUUGCAAAAAAUGUUCAUUCAUCGCUUAAACUACGAUGACAAUGUUGACCAUAGAGUUGACUAGAUGAUGAAGAGUUACAUUUAUAGAAAGAUACAUGUGUUGACCAGAUAAACAGAUAUAUGGAUACAUAUGCUGACCAAAUGGACAGGUCGAUGGAUACAUUGCAUGCUUGGUUGAAAAUGUCGAUCAGUUAUCAUAUCAUCUAGGAAGUCAUACAUGUACAUUUGUUGAUUGGCAGUGUAUCAAAAUUUAAUUAAGAUUACAUCAUACUUAUAUUGGGAAAAUAUUAAGCAAAAAAAAAACAACCAAACAAACUCAAA